CAUGUUUACUAAGUAAAUACGCGGGUGUGUUGAUUAAAAUAUUUACCUCAGAAGACGGUGUCUUUUCGAAACGAUGACCACAAGAAAGGGGAGCCAAACCUGCCUCCUCGCUUAUAGUGAGACGAAUCUAUGUAAAGCUUAGUUGAAGUGCCUGAGAUUACAGGCAGGGCUGAAUGUGCGGGGCGUAAGGAGCAGGACUUCAGUUAAAGCACUAAAGCGACUCGCAUGAAGGACACGGGUCUGUCAAUGCCUGUCCUGGAGUAUAGAUGUGCAGAAGUAUUUUAUUUAAUUGGCCUGUCUUUUGUCACAUUACGCGACGGGGACACUGUCACAGUGGCUACGCAUUGUCGCCGCGCUCACUGAUACCAGCCUACGACACAGUGACAGGAUCAUGUAUAAGGCGUCGUUUUCGCAAGCAGAGAGAGAAAUCGGUAAAGAAAUACUUUAAAGUGGGUCAACAUAAGCCGCGGGGCAAAGUACUUCUCCUUUUUUCCGCGCUCCUUUGACAAUUUUUUUUAACUAUUCGGAGGAGGGGUGGUCAUACAGAAUCUACUGGCACAUCCAUAUGCCCCGAACAACAUUCUACAUUCUAUCAGGAGGGCUUGGGACCGGACCGAUGUAGUUUUUGCUCAACUUGGAUGUAUAUUUUGUUUAUUGCUCCAAAGCAGAAGAGCACACGUGAGAAGAAAGGAGCGUUUCCUUGCAGCAUUGAUUCAUACCACUUAUGGUAUGUUACACGUAUACACGUAUGUGCGCCUGGAUGUACUUCAUUGCUCCUGGCAAUUUAGAAAAGCCAUGUAACGUUAUCAUGUGAAAAAAUAACGCCUGUUUGAGCAAUAAUGACUUAAAGCUGGACGAUAUUCUCAUCGAUGACAGACGACGGACCUCGUACUUAAAGAAACGUUGUGAUAGAAAGUUUUUUUUUUUUAAAAAGUGCUAUAGCCUACGGUUCAUCUGCCUCAUCUCGCCGAAGGGACGAAACAUCUUCCCAGUCUAAAUAAACCCCAAGGCGACAGCCGAAAGAGAAAAGAGGGCCAAAUCAUUUGAUCUAUAUCUACAUAUAAAGGUUCGGGAAAAUGCACAGGAUCGGUCUGCAGGUAUUGUCGAUCUUGAUGACCACAGUAUUUGGAGCCGAAGCAGACAUUACCUGUGAAGCUUUGCUCCUCUUCUCCGGAAACAUCACAGUGCAUUCUUUAGCAUCAUGGAAUCAGACGGCAUCAUCUGGCAACAUUACAGGUUUGUUUUGCAACACUUCAAUAGACGGGAUCGGCACCUGCUGGCCCAGGACCAGUGCAGGGGAGAUGGUCUCCAGGCCUUGCCCGGAAUACUUCUAUGGAGUCCGAUACAACACCACCAACAAUGUGUACAGAGAGUGCCUCUCCAAUGGAACAUGGGCGAUGAAAGGCAAUUACUCACAGUGUCAAGCCAUCCUGAAUGAAGAGAGAAAGAGCAAGCUGCAUUACCACAUAGCGGUGAUCAUCAACUACCUGGGCCACUGCAUCUCCCUCGGGGCCCUUCUAGUGGCCUUCAUCCUCUUCAUGCGCCUGAGCCAGUGUGUCUGUGCAGAGCAGUACCAGAUCAGCCUUUUAAACCUUGCCUUUUCGCCCUUUGUUAAGAUCUGGUGUCGGCUGGUUACGGCAGCGUAUAAUUAUUUCCAUGUCACCAACUUCUUCUGGAUGUUUGGCGAGGGCUGCUACCUUCACACGGCCAUAGUGCUCACCUACUCUACAGAUAAGCUGCGCAAAUGGAUGUUCAUCUGUAUCGGCUGGUGCAUUCCCUUUCCAAUUAUUUUUGCCUGGGCCAUCGGCAAGCUGUAUUAUGAUAAUGAAAAGUGCUGGUUCGGAAAGAGGGCAGGUGUUUACACAGACUACAUUUACCAAGGUCCAAUGAUCCUGGUAUUGCUGAUCAACUUCAUUUUCCUUUUCAACAUUGUGAGGAUCCUCAUGACCAAGCUCAGAGCUUCCACCACAUCGGAGACGAUACAGUACAGGAAAGCUGUGAAAGCGACACUGGUCCUCCUGCCUCUCCUUGGCAUUACUUACAUGUUGUUCUUUGUAAACCCUGGAGAGGAUGAAAUUUCACAGAUUGUAUUUAUAUACUUUAACUCAUUUCUGGAAUCUUUUCAGGGCUUCUUUGUAUCAGUGUUCUACUGCUUCUUAAACAGUGAGGUACGGUCGGCCGUCCGGAAGCGCUGGCACCGGUGGCAGGACAAGCACUCUAUCCGGGCCAGGGUGGCACGCGCCAUGUCCAUCCCCACGUCGCCCACCCGAGUCAGCUUUCACAGCAUCAAGCAGUCCUCAGCGGUGUAAGAGACAGCC